ACUCUGUGGUGUAUUUUUAUUUCAAUAUAUUAAAUCGGCAUAUGAAUGAAAAUAAAAAUGAAUUUAUCAAACAUUAAAAAAAAUUGUUUCAGAAAACAUUGUUAUAUAAUUGCUUUAAUACAUAUGCACAUACUCGCAUACUGAGCAGGUACAUUGAAUCUCCGUUCCAAAAUGACUUGAACAAAUGGGAUGUUUUCAACUACCUUUUUAUGAUUGACAAGACAAGCUUUCUGAAGAACUGAACAGUAAGAUUCUCAAACGUUCUAGAAUAAACAUGAUAAAAUAUUUUUUCCGCCAGCGAUCCUGUCAUAACAACGGUUUCCGUCAUUCCUAGAGCUGGAAAGAGGAGACACUCUACGAAAUGUUCCUCUCCAAGAUGAAGGACAUGCACCAUUGUAUCGUUACAUUUCUAACUAAAAGUAUCUCUAGCUGAGUAUUUCACGACAUCUGCUGAAAUAAGAACGUCUUUCUGUUAAUCUAAGGUAAUCUACAGUAUAUCUCUCAUAAUAGUAAUUUUAUCUAUAGAAAUUUAUUCUAGCCGAAGGAAAUAUGUUUAAAACAAGUUGGCAAAAUCCGUGGUAAAAGUCAUAUGAAGCCUCAAUAGUUUAGUUUUUUAUUGAUUUCACUUCUCGUGAUACAUUCGUUGAAGAGAAUUCAACUAAUGCCUUCCAUACAGUAUUGCAAUGCUUCGACUUCACUAGUUCUACGCUAUAAUUAGGCUAAUGAUGUGCACCUCACGUGUAAUCAAAUGUUUAAUCAGAGGAUUCAUAAGACAUCUGGACAAUGCUGUGGUGUUUUAGAUUAUACUAAUACACAGACAUAAAUAUUUUGUAUUAAAAUUGUAAUUUUAACUCAUUUUUUCGCCUUUUUAUGUAACUUGUUAAACUCGAUUUAUUUGCAUCGUCGGUUUCUUACCUUUUAGGUACUUCUUUUAGUAGAAAUCGGACAAAGCGUGUGAUUUUCUCUCUCAUGUUGAGUUGAUGAUCAUUUUUAAAUGUGAAAGACAGUCAAUACAACUUUGAAGCAUGCAUUUCUUUACUUAGAUUAAUAUGAUAGGGUGUGUGUUUUAAUAUGCAAGGUGAAGAUAACGAACAGUGAUCAAUCUCAUAACUCCUACAAGCAAUACAAAAUAGAUAGUUGGGCAAACACGGACCCCUGGACACACCAGAGGUGGGAUCAGGUGCCUAGGAGGAGUAAGCAUCCCCUGUUGACCGGUCACACCCGCCGUGAGCCCCAUAUCCUGAUCAGGUAAACGGAGUUAUCUGCAGUCAAAAUCAGUGUGCCAAGAACGGCUUAACAAUCGGUAUGAAACACGUCAGACAGCAUUUGACCCAAUGCGAGGUUGUAUUGACGAACUAGAUCGUUAUAAAGACCAUCGAAUUUGCGAAAUAUGUACGAAAAUCCCAUUUUUUAACGCUAGCUAUACAGUUUGUAGAUAGUUCGAUCUGACGUUUGAUGUUACAUCCGACAAUACACGACGUCUGUACAUGACAGAUUUUGUUGUUUGUAAGCAUACAUAUACCACCUUUAAAGUCUUUAUUGAUCGAGGUAUUUGUUUAAAGAUGUAUAUUUUAAAGUUUUGAUUGAGUUAGAAUUGAGUAAUAUACAGUUAUAUGUAAGAGUAGUGGAGAAAAUGCAACGAAGCUGACUGCGAUUUGAACCCAGGCUCCCUGAAUCUCAAGCCAGGUGUUGUACGAACUGAGCUAUUUAGCAAUCGGUGAUCGAACCCUUCUGAACACCAGACUCCCCUCUUCUUAAAUGCCUUCACACCUGAGAAUAUGAACCCAGCAUCUUUAUCCCCGGAGAGGCAUUUUUACCCGGGAGUUCCAGGGGCUAGUCUACAACAAAAACAGUAACGGGAAAUGAGAGAAAGUGUAACGGAAUAGACCGGAAUUCGAACUCUGCCUCAUGAAUGUCUAGUUAAAUGCUCUACAAACUGAGCUAUCUAACACGACCGACAAUCGAACCCGUCUGAUUGCAAAGUAGAUAUAGUGUACACAUUUCGCAUUUUCAAAGAAAAGAUCAUAUUUGUGUGCAUUUUCAAUACCUUCAUAUACGUUCACAAACAUUAAAUUAGCUAUACUUUACACAACAGGUUUCUAUGCACUACGCAGUGACAAAUCUGCACUGUGGGUAUCAUCUAGCCUCUGCUAAUGUAAAACUUAUACGGUACCAAUUUUGAUGCACCAGAUGCGCAUUUCGACAAAUAAUGUCUCUUCAGUGAUGCUCAACCGAAAUGUUUGAAAUCCGAAAUAACAAUAAACUUUUAGAGCUAUUUUAGGGGAACACAAGUGCAAAAAAGUGGAGUCAAAUUAUAAUACAUUAACCUGUGAUUUAUAUUUAGUGACACCAUUACAAUGCUGAAAAGGGAAGGGGAAAGAAAAUAUAAUUAAAUUGUGAAAAUAUAUAUUUCAGCAUUCUUUAUAUAUUUCGAAAAUUUGGCACAUAUUAGUUUCUUUAAAAACAACAUAAUGUUAUCAACUUCCGAUUCGCAAUGUCGUGCAGUUAAUAGAUAACACUGACCAGUUCUUAAUAACAAACAGUCAUCAAUCUCAUAACUCCUAUAAUAUAUACAAAAUAGAGAGUUGGGCCAUCAUGGACUCCUGGAUAUCUCAGAAGUGGGAUCAAGUGCCUAGGAGGAGUAAGCAUCCCCUGUCGACCGAACACACCCAUGAGUCAUAUGUCUUGAUCGUGUACACGGAGUAAUCUACUUAUAAUCUAGUUUGUAAAUACAACCUUUCGUUGGUUUAAAUCAUGCCUGACGUGUUUCAUAUCGAUUGUUAGACCAUACUUGACACAUUGAUUUUUACUACGGAUUAUUACGUUUACCUGAUCAAAGUAUAGGGCCCACGGCGGAUGUGAGUGGUCAUCACGGGAUCCUUACUCAUCCAAGGCACCUGGUCCCAUCCCUGGUGUUUGCCCAACUCUUUAUUUCCUAUUCUUUAUAGGAGUUAUCUUCACCUUUCAUCAGUAAUAUGACAAUAGAAUUUGCGAAAUGGUGACUUAAAACGAAACUGUUGAAACCACUGUGACAUCAACUGAUUUGUCAGUAGCCUGCCUCGAUAUCAUAACUCCUAUAAAAAGUAAAAUAAAAUAUACGUAUGACACAGACUCCUGAACAUACCCGAGUUGGUACAGCUUCUUAGGAGGAGUAAGCAUCCCCUGUCAACCGAUCACAACCGCGAUGAACCCUAUAUCUUGAUAAGACAAACGGAGUUAAUCACACUCUCUUGAGGUCAGUCAUCAUGCUAAAUAUAUCUUCAUUCAUAGACGUGCAUCUAUUCACAUUACCAGAGUCUUGAUCUAUGGAAAUCGUGAUGAAAUUUAGAUUUCACUAUUAUCAAUCCUAGAUAUUUUAGCAUAGAUUUAUAACCUAAAAUACAUCGCAUCAAUAUUGGAUUGUAUGAAAAUUGAAAUUUCUGAAAGAAAGCAGGAUUAAAUAGAAAAACCUAUAAAAACACAAAAUUGAUAGUACCGCAAAGACGGCCCACUGGACAACCCAGAGGUGGGAUCAGGUAUUUCGUAGGAGAAAGCAUGCGCUUUUGAACGGUCAACUCCGCUGUGAGCCCUCCGUCAUUAUCAAACGUCUGUUAAUCAAAUAAAUGUACAGUAAAAUUGUGUUUAAUUAUUUCUUGGAUAUAACCACAAUAUGUUUACUGCAAAGAUGAAUGCCAGAAAAAUUAUAUGUUAUCUAUCUUGUCACAUUUAUUAACCUAACCUUAUUGUUGUAAUCAAUGCCAUUUGUGUCUUGGUGUUUGGUAUGAAGGUUUUACUCGUCAUGAAUUUUACCGAAUUUCAUAUGUAAAAUAAUUGCACGGUUGUGACUUGUCAAAAGGGGAUGAUUACUUCUCCUAGAUGCCUGACCCAUCUCUACUGUGUCCAGGGGUCCACAUUUUCCUUCUAUUACUGUUACUAUUUAGAAUUUAUGAGGUUGGUCAUUAUCUUCACUAGUUCACUUUACAGAACUCUUGCAACCUUUCUUAUCAUGCCUUGCCCUUACGAUCAAAGUUCAGUGGUACAUGUGUACAUAUUUGUAGUAUAACAUAGCAAGAUCUGAUUUUCAAGAACACUGUAUUGGAAAUACCAACAAGUAUGAUAUCAAUCAUUAUUUUUACUCUGUUUCUUUCGAUUUUCACCGGAGUCGAGGGAGCAGGAGAAAAACUUGAAUUGUCUGUGUUACUAAGAAGAAUUAGUGCUUUAGAAGAGAGGCUUCAUAUACAGGAAAAAAUAAAUGAAGAACAAGAUACCAUCAUUAAGAAUUUGCUCCUUGAAAGGACAGAGAGAACAGGUGCCCCUGUGAAUGGGAUUUUCACGUCGUUUGACACGGAGCGAAAUAAUGACAGUCAGUGGGAAGGCGCGAGGGGCAUAAAUAUCGGAAUUAAAUCGCAAAUCUCAUCACCGAUUCAAAGUUUAGUGAAAGAUUUAAAAGAAACUUCACCAGUACUAGGUUCGAGAAAAAUCCAGAGAGGCAUUGUCCCAGGAGAUGUAGCCUUUUACUCUUACUUGUCACACCAUGAAACAAAUCUUGGUCAUCAUCAAACAAUAAUAUUUGACGAAGUUGUUACAAACAUUGGCGGAAACUACAAUCAGUACUCUGGUAUUUUCACUUCACCAGGAAAUGGAGUGUACACUUUUUCGUGGACAUUAUUCUGCAACAAAGGGGCAUUAUUCACAUCAGAACUGGUUGUUAAUUCUGCUCCUGUUGGAGUUUUGUAUUGUAGUGCACUGCGUGCUGGAGACAUAAGACAAACAUCAAGUGUAGCAGUUGUCAGGAUCAAUCAAGGAGAUAUAGUAUACGUACGUACUCAUCCUACCGCCAGUCUUAUCGGAGAAAUGUUUUCCAAUUCAUACUCCUACUCCUCGUUCUGUGGAUGGAAACUGUUCUAGGAUAGACGCAAAUACUAAUAAAAUCUCUAAAAGUA